AUGACUGAGGAGAAAGCUCAAACCGCUCUGGAGCAUCAAGACUCUCACGAAUACAAUGGCAAGGAGACAUCCUCGCCUCCAAGCCCACUGACUCCGAACAACGUCCCCCACAGCGCGAAAAUCCUUCAAGUCACCAACACCGAUCUCGCGUUGGCUCUUUCCACUGGUCCGCCGCUGAACCCAAGGAGCUGGACGUCCAUUAAGUUGUACUUGUGCCUUCUUGUUGCUUUCAUGGGCAGUAUGGCAAACGGCUUCGAUGGCCAAGUUAUGAGUGCCGUUAAUGGAAUGCAGCAGUAUCUCAACUACUUCGGUAUUGAUGGUCUGGAUGCUGGUGGAGGUGUCGGUACGGUGACUGCGAUUAUCUUUGGUAUUUAUUCAAUAGGGAGCAUCGUGGGGGUUGCGCUCGCCGGUCCAACUGCCGAUUACUUUGGACGUCGAGGUGGCAUGUUUACUGGAGCUGUUAUCAUAGUAAUCGGUGCUAUCGUGAUCACUACGUCCAAGACUGAGAAUUACCUUCUCGCUGGUAGAUUUGUUCUUGGAUUUGGUGUUUCUUUUGCUACAACAGCAGCCCCUUCAUACGUCGUUGAGAUGUCUCCUCCACAAUGGCGCGGCCGUUUGACAGGAUUGUACAUUACAUUUUAUUACACUGGUUCUAUCUUGUGCACUGGCGUUUCGAUUGCAACGGGUCGUCUCAGCACCACGACAUCGUGGCGUACACCUUUGGCUAUACAACUUAUACCUGCCGGAAUUCUCGCUAUCUUCUCUUUAUUCUUGCCCGAGUCACCUCGAUGGCUGAUGGCUGUCGGUCGCAAAGAAGAAGCACAAAUGGUCCUUGCGAAAUAUCACGGCAAUGGAGACAUCAACGCACCUCUAGUGCAGCUGGAAAUGAAGGAAUUCGAGGAAUCUAUCAAGAUGGAUGGCUCCGACAAGCGAUGGUGGGACUACUCUGAACUCGUCAACACGCACAAUGCACGAUAUCGUACACUUAUGAUGCUCCUGAUGGGAUUCUUUGGGCAGUGGUCUGGAAAUGGUCUAGGAUAUUUCCUUACUAUUUUGUUCAAGAACGCGGGGGCGAAUACACAAGACCGACGUUUGAUUUUAAAUUUUGUCAACACAGUGGUCUCAGCUUCAGGCGCUCUUAUUGGAACAUCACUAACUGAUCACAUUGGAAGACGUACGAUGUGGUUCUGGGGAACCCUCGGUAGUGCGGGCACGCUUGCAAUUGUGACUGGCUGUACUGCAAAAUGGGGAUCGGCAGGAAGUAACCCAGCGGGUUCCAAUGCGGCUAUUGCAUUCAUAUUUCUGUUUGGCUUCGUGUACAGCUUGGCAUAUACGCCGUUACAAGCUCUUUAUCCCUCAGAAUGUCUAGCAUAUAACACCCGAGCGAAAGGAAUGGCGAUGUACUCAUUUGCCGUGAGCUGUGCAGGUUUUGUCAACACGUAUGCGGGUCCCAUUGCUUUGAAAAACAUCCAAUGGAAGUAUUACAUCGUCUAUGUGGUGUGGGAUCUUUUCGAAUGUUUGAUCAUCUUUUUCUUCGCUGUUGAAACGAAAGGGCGUACUCUUGAAGAACUGAACGAGAUAUUUGACGAUCCCCAUCCGGUGAAAGCGUCAAUCAGUAAGAAGAAAGUUGCUGUCGUGGAGAAGGAAGGUCAGAUCCAGAUGGUGACUGUUCAGCCUGGCGGUGAUCAGGUAUAAUUUGUUGCGCUAUAUAACGGCUAUUGAUUAUUUAAUAAUGUACGGGAAUUUCGAUUAACGACCAUGAUGCCCGAACAGCGUG